AUGAUGAUGAAAAGAUUUUACCAAUCUCGGCGAGCCAACGCUUUGUUCGUUUCCGUCACGUUCGUCGCCUUGGUGUUUUUCGUUGCGUACCACAAACAAAUAUUUCGGCACGGAUUUACUUACACCAGUAAAGAUCUAAGAGAAAAACACAACAAAAACGACGACAAAAAUCGACUGAAAAAUGAUGAAGUAAUAAAUGUGGAUCACAUGGACAUUAUACCAAACGGAAGAUAUGCUGAUAUCAAACAGACAAAUACUGAGCGAAAACAAAACAAUAUAGAGAAUAUUGAUGUCAGUGCAAAUGAUCUCGGAGCACAUAGCUUCCUUCUUGUAAACAAUUCAUUGGAAGUCAAAACCAAUACCAAAAUGAGUAAUGGUAUAAACAGUGUCGCAGACAACAUUGAAAAUACCCAAAAUAGCAAUAGUAUAAACAGUGUCGCUGACAACAUUCCAAAUACCCAAAAUAGCAAUAGUAUAAACAGUGUCGCUGACAACAUUCCAAAUACCCAAAAUAGCAAUAUUAUAAACAGUGUCGCUGACAACAUUCCAAAUACCCAAAAUAGCAAUAGUAUGAACAGUGUCGCUGACAACAUUCUAAAUAGAUUACCUUUUAUACCUGAGGUUCCAGGCAGAAUAUCCGAUACUCAUCUCACCAAUAUCAUAAACAAAAUACCAGAUACUCAGUUUCUUCCUUAUCUUCGCACGGAUAACGUCCCGGAAAUACGUCAUCACCUUGAUCCAGCUAAAUAUAAUCCAACGAAAUACCAUAUCGAUACAGGAAAUGUCAAGAAGGUAGUGGAAUUGCUUCAGGUGAAGACUCCAGCUAUCGCCAAUAGCGACAGUAUGUUUACUAGGAAGCUCAUCAGGGAUUCAAGAAUAUCUGGAGAAACAAACGGUUCUUCGCUGGUACUACUCCUGACCUACCUCCGUAGUGGUUCCACUCUGACUGCCGAUAUCAUCCAGCAGGUUCCUGGGAUGUUUUACGCUUUCGAACCGUUAAAACGUUACAUAACAACAGAUGUCGGUUAUAUAUCAUUGAAUGGAAUCUGCUCAAUGAACAGCUUGUCUUGCAGGAAACCUAUAAUAGCUUCGGAACAACCUAACCUCUUUAUGGAAGACAUUGUCCGUUAUUAUGGUUGCGAUCUUGAACAUGUGGCGGGUCCGUUUCUGUGGAGUGAAAACAGCGACUCUGUGAAACAAUACAAAGAUUGUACGCGUGCUGCAGCACAACUCAAUGCGGACAAUCACUUUUGCUUACAUCAGUGCUUCAUCUCGACAAGAUAUUUGAAAACCAUUCGUCUAUCAAUGGAUGUAGCAGAAAUUCUGAUGCAAAUAAUUCCAAACCUAAAAGUUAUUCAUCUUCUACGUGAUCCACGCGGAAUGAUAGAUUCUAGGAGGCGCGGAAUGUUUUUAAAAAAAGGGAUGGACAUAGCUGUUGCAGCCCGAUCCAUUUGUCAACGCUUCGAACGGGACAUAGAGAUAGCCAGAGAACUUAGACGGAAAUAUCCUGGACGGCUGAAGACGGUUUUAUAUGAACAGAUUGCCGAAUAUCCUAAAUUAGCUUCCGAAAGUUUAUUUAAAUUUCUUGGACUGACGGCUCCAGCGAAUUUUGAUGCGUGGUUGUACAAUCACACGGCUGCUGGCACUCGAGGGAAAUAUUACGGAACGACAAGGGCCAAUUCCAAACUGACCGCGAGGUUAUGGAGACAUCGUAUGUCGUACGAAGACGUUACCAAAGUCGACAAUGAAUGUCCUAUCUUUUAUAACUACACGGGAAUUCUAAAAGUUCAAUCGGAAAAAUCACUCAGAAAUUUGAAUUCACAGUUGCGCAUGCCAAACUCUGAGUUUGGAGACUUUUUAUAA